CGGGUGCACAUGUGAUGCUCCUCCGUCCUCUCCGGUAUCAUAAUAGUGUUUUUGUCCACCACGGUGCUUCUUGAGGAAGUCAGCACUGAUGUGUCAGUGAAAUUGACUGACUUGUAACGCCUUGUUAAGAGCAAUGAUGUGGUAUUGUGGGGAACGGUAGCCCGCCAUCACCACCAUCGCCGCAGGUACCCUGGAGCCCGACCACUGGCGGCGGACACACCCAUGGAUAAUGCUUAGAAACACUUCAUAACAUAGGAAUUCAAGAUGAAGGCUAUAAUUGAUAAUAUAGAGUGCCAGCGAGACUCUCCCAGAUUCCGACAAGUGCUUGAGGAAAAUGAAAAAGACCUGGACACAUUGGAAGGCAAACUGGAAAAGGUAGUGAAGCAGUGUAACCAGAUGGUAUCUGCAGGAAAGCAGUUCAAUCAAGAGCAAGAACAACUGAUUCAUAUUCUAUGGGAUUUAGCAGGAUAUUUUGGCAGUGACACCAAUGUGCAGUCAGCUUUAAAUCGAAUGCUGGCUGCCUUAGGGGAAGCUGCAAAAUAUCAUGCAAUACUGGUAGACCAGGCUGCUCGUGCUGUGACGAAGAACCUUGCAAGCUUUAUAAAAAAUGAGCUGCGAUCUGUGAAGGAUUUAAGACACUAUUUUGAGAAGGUAAGCGGUGAAAUGGACAGUGUCUUGCAACGCUCUUCCGGUGUAUCCCGUUCCCGUGCUGCUCAUGAUGUAGACGACAUGAAGAAUCUGGUCAUAGCUACUCGUAGAGCUUUUCGUCACACAAGCAUCGAUUAUGUUCAUGCCAUAUCAAUAGCACAAGGAAAAAAGCGCCAUGAGGUGGUUGAUGCUCUUUUGUCGUAUUUGAAGGCCUACAGUACCUUCUACCACCAAGGUACUGAUCUCUGUGAUGACCUGAAACCUUCUCUUGAUAAGAUUAGCCAAGAGGUGAAUUUAAUGAGACAUGAAGUUAGUGACCUGGAAAAGACCUUAGAAAACAGACACACAGAUGUCACAGAUAAAGACUUGGUGUUGUCACUGGACCAGAUGGACACUACCAAGCUAGUCAAUAUGCAUGGAUAUCUGUUUAAACGGACCACCAACGCUUUCAAGACAUGGAAUCGACGUUACUUUACUCUCCAAAAUAACCAGUUGGUUUACCGCAAGCGGUCAGGUAUUCGAAAGUCUAUCAGGAACUCGGGAGGAAGUAAUCUGCUCAAUAGUCGUUUGAUGCGAGUGCACGGAGGAGAAGAGGUGACAGUUAUGGAAGAAGAUUUACGUUUAUGCACUGUUAAGCCUGCUGUUGAGGUCGACCGUCGCUUCUGCUUUGAAGUGGUCUCUCCUAUGAAAUGUCACAUGCUUCAAGCUGAGAGUGAAGAGAGUUACGAUUCCUGGAUAAAUGCUCUUCAAAGGGGUAUUGGGCAAGCCCUUCAGCUGGGCACACACGACACAAUCCAAGAUGGCAGACAAGAGACCCCUCGCUCCUCACCACACCCACAGAAGGGAUCCCUGACUCCUGCCACGCCAGUUGACUCCUCCAACUCCUCCUCUCCUGCAACCACACCCCAGGCACCUACUGUACACAAGGCUCAAUUAUGGCAGGAAAUAAUGGACAUUCCUGGAAAUGAUCAGUGCUGUGACUGUGGUGCCAGUAAUCCUAGAUGGGCAUCCAUAAAUCUAGGAAUUACUCUUUGUAUUGAGUGUUCAGGCAUACAUCGUAGUCUUGGUGUACACUAUUCCAAAGUGCGAUCCUUGACGUUGGAUGCCUGGGAGCCUGAGGUGCUAAAGGUAAUGGGAGAGUUGGGGAACACAGUCAUCAACAGUAUCUACCUUGCAACUUAUGCACCAGGUGGAGGCACUGGUCCUCCUGCAGCUAAGCCAGAAAGCCAAAGAUCAGUUCGUGAGGGAUGGAUUAAAGCCAAGUAUGUUACACGGCAGUUUGUGAAGCCACUGCCCUUAAUACAGAAGGAAACAAACUCACUUUUACAAAGCUCUAGUUCUCAAGAAAAUAUGCAUUCAGGAAAAUCUUGGAGCAUUCCUCGGCGGAGACGGAAAAUACGGCGAAGGAAAACCCUGCAAGCAUGUCCGAUAAACAUUGAGGAAACCUCUAGCAAUGAAGAAAACAGCAGUAGCCAAGAAGAAUCUCAUACGGAGACCAAUAAUGUUUGUGAGAGCCCAGUACCCAAUAGCUGUGGUUCCAGUGAUGUGGUACUACUAGACAUUUCCCCUUCCCUUACCAAUAUGGCAACUCAAGUUCUCUCUAGUUUAAGUGAUGACAACUCAACAGAUGGAGAAGAUCCCACUGGACAUGUUACUGAAGAGCCAGCAUUAAGCUUGACUCCAGAUCUGGUAUUAUUCCGAGCCUGUGAAGCUCAUAAUUUGCCGAUGAUGAGUCACAGCAUAGCAGUAGGUGCUGAUAAAAAUUGGCAUAACCCAGAUGAAAAUGGACAGACUCCAAUGCAUCAGGCAGUUAAGAGUGGUUCUGUAAUGGCUGUACAACAUCUUUUAAUAAAUGGGGCCCGCUCCAAUGAGCAGGACUCUAAGGGACAUACACCAUUACACCUAGCAUCAUUAUUAUCAAACAUUGGCCAGGUUUGCUUAUUAUUGAAGCAUCGGGUGGACCUCAACAUAUGCAACAACAAUGGUCAGAAAGCUAUUGACCUAGCUCUUGAAAGCAGUGAACCAGAUGUUGUAACAUUGUUACGAGUGGCCAGUCUUAGUGAACACAUAGAUCGUGAUGGUGGUGAAGAUAAUAACAUGCUCACAGAUUUCUUGCGAGAUUUCCAAGAGAAGAUGUUUAUUCAAGGCUACUGCAGGGCUCGCCAAAAUGAGGAGACAUUAAACUGAGCGAGUGAAUUUAUACUUGACAAUUAUAACCAAGCAUACAGUACUCGUAAACGUAGAAGAAUUGGCCAGGCCUAUACAAACUAAUUCAUCUGCCACUGUAAGCAUUAACAUUGACAGUGUUCUGCAGUAGAUGAUACUUAUAUUGUUGUUAAAUUUUAUAUAAUUUUAGAAUUAAGCUUUUCAUAAUGGAUUUCAAGGGGAAAAUGUAAUAUCAAGAAGGCCUUUUUUUUAAAGUGGGGUUCCAUACAACUGUAUAUCUUAAUUCAAAAUAUUAUUCAUAUUUGUGACUUUGUGUCCAUUUAUUUGUGAAUACAUUGUUAACUUUCUCAGAUAGCAUAUAUUUUUAUUGUUCGUCAUACAUAGUGUUUUAUAACAUAUUUUCUCAUUGAUCAUUGAGGUGGGUACAAACACACACAAGAUUCUCAUUUUAAGAAUUACUCGCAUUUUUACUGUAUUGUUUCGCUGUUGGUAGGAGGUAUAUGUGUGUGUGUGUUCUCAAAAUAUGAAACACUUCUAUAUAAAUUUUCAGCCAGUAUUAAUAAUUAUCUUUAUAAUUAGUUGCAAAAAUUUACACUUAUGUGAUAUCCAAGAAAUGUAAAAUGGGUGUCAACAAUAGACAUCCAUUGUUUUGCCUUGUCUAAAUCUGUGAUUGUGUGUUGGAGAGGUAACUACUUAUAAAUAUGUUUCAGUACUCAUGAAGGGCUAGUAAAGUUGUAAGCUUUAUUGUUACUCAAAAUAUUAAAAAUUACUCUACA